AUGAAAGUAAGACCUGAUGUGGCUCAGGCCCAGAUGGAAAUUCAUGACAGAGUAUAUGAGCAUCUGCACAGAAUGAAGCUGGUUUCCAUCAUCCUGAUGUUUCUGGGUUCACUCGCCUUUCUAGGCGUGGAUGCUGCACAGCCAGAGGAUGUGUCCUUGCAGUGGGAUAAGCUGGCACUAAGUAGUGGAGAGAUGGAACUGCAGGCAUCCAGCAGCGAUUCCUCAGAACUCACUGGUGGGGAGACAGUUCCUAUGGAGACUUUUGUUCUGGACCAGGAGAAGGAGAGCACAUCUAAAACUCCACAAGCCAGCACUCCAAGCUCAGCCCACUUUCGAGUCAAACGCUACCGCAAGAUGAUGAACCCUGGCUCCCACAACUCUCGAUGCCGCUUUGGGACCUGCAUGUUGCAGAAAUUGGCCCAACAGAUCUACCAGUUGACAGACAAAAGGAAGGACCCUGUUGCCCCCAAAAACAAGAUCGGCCCUCAAGGCUAUGGCCGUUGA